AUGCAAGAAGACCUAAAUUCAAGUCUUGAUUCACUAGAAUUGGAAUUGUAUCAUAAACCAAAUCACAAAAUAAAAUCAAUCCUGACCUAUCUAAGAUAGCAAAAGAUUCAAUUUUGUACAGACCCCAAAAAGAAGGAAGAAGACUUUUAUUCAAAAAAUGAUAAGGAGAGUGAUAAAAAGGAAUUCGGAUUGUUUAGAAACAAAUUUUUUAAAAGAAAUGCUCGACCCUUACCCAUAUUUUGUGAAAUCAAAUUAUCAUGA